GCUCCCAUCCAGCACAGGAAGAAAACCUGACACAUUCCACCAUAAACACAAAAUGGCUGGGAAGCAGUGAUAGCCAACUAGUCCAAGCUAAAGCAAACUCCAGCCGCCCGGAGCUCCAGCGGAAGAGGUCUUUGACGUUGACAUGCUGCACGUCUCCGAAAUCAUAGCAAAACGAAGGCAUGACGACGCAGAGGUUUGAACGCAGUGGCAUCCACCUGGACCAAUCGGAACUGCUGUGCACCAAGGGAUGUGGGUUCUACGGCAACGCAGCCUGGAGAGGCCUGUGUUCAAAAUGCUGGAGAGACGAGAACCAGAAAGACAAACAGACUCAGAUUCAGGAAGACUGGGCCCUUGCAGAGAGGUUGCAGAAAGAGGAGGAGGUGGCCUACGCCAGCACCCACCAGACGGCCCCGACGCAGCCUCCCGCCUCGGGCAGGCGGGAGGAAAAGAAACCCAAGGAAAAGGCCAGUAAAGUCAAAACGGUCGCAAAACUGUUCAGCACCUCCACAAAAACACCGCCCAAAAAAGAUCACAUCUCGGGGGAGGCGGCGCCCGGCUCCUCGGGGGGUCCCCGCCACGGCCCCCCGGACCCCGACCAAGCCACGCGGGACUUCAUCGACUUCCUGAAGCCCCUGAGACCGGGCCGCGAGAUCUUCAAGCAGUGCCGAGCGUUCACGGAGAGCAUGUUCUACAAGAGGGAACUGGGUGUUGAGGAGCUCUCUGAAUGUGUCCAGGAUUUCUACCAGAAACUUUCUGACUACCUCCACACUCAGUUCAAAGGUUCGUCGGAGCAGGUGGAGAGUGUGAUGGACGAGGUGGAACGGUACAUGAUGAGCCGUCUCUACGAGGGCGUCUUCUGCCCCGAGUCCACCGACGACGAGGACAAAGACCUGGCCAUCCAGAAGAGGAUCAGGGCCUUGCACUGGGUCACCAUGGAGAUGCUGUGCGUCCCCGUGGACGAGGAGAUUCCCGAGGUGUCGGACAGCGUGGUCAAAGCCAUCACAGACGUGAUCGAGAUGGACUCCCGGCGCGUCCCGCAGCAGAAGCUGGCCUGCAUCACGCGCUGCAGUAAGCACAUCUUCAGCGCCAUCCGGGCCACCAAGGGGGAGCCGGCGUCGGCCGACGACUUCCUGCCCGCGCUCAUCUACACGGUGCUGAAGGCCAACCCCCCGCGGCUGCAGUCCAACAUCCAGUACAUCACGCGCUUCUGCAGCCCCAGCCGCAUCAUGAGCGGAGAGGACGGAUACUACUUCACCAACCUG